UCGACGGGGAGCUGGUACGUGUCGUUGCGCGCUAACUGUCGUUAGCAGGUCGGCGAGAGCCGCCUUGCUACUGUAGUUCAUUGUUGGGAGAGAGGCAACAGCAGAAUGCUACUGUUAGCUGGGUUAGCAUGCUUUAGGGUUUUGUGGAGUGGUUGCCUGUGUUUUUCCACCGCGUAGCCCUGAAUAAGGUUUAUUUUUUUCUGUCAUUAGCCAAAGCUUGAAGUCGUGUCCCAAUUCGCAACAUGUGUUCCUGUUUGUGUAGUUGCUCAAACGUUUUAUUUGUUGACCUGAGUGGCACCUGUCACUGGGUAACAACAUAACAAUUUGUUUUCCUCUGGGAGUGUUUUUCAUUCUCCUUUUUUUUUUUUAAACAGGGGUAUCUCUGGUGUAUAGAAUUUGAUGGUUUUCUGCUGUUUUACAUACAGCUGAGAAGGAAAUGACAGAACGGCAAAAAUAAGGAAGCUACACUUAUUGGCAUUACUGUAAACUUUGAUGUUUCCAUGGUAACUGGAGGGUAUUCCAGCUGUCAGUGGGUCUUGGAUCGGGUCAUCUGUGCACCACCACGGCCUCCCCAGCAGCAAUCAUCCUAUGUAAAGCUGAACUCAAAUUGUCCCUGCAGAGGUUGUUGGCACCAUGGGGCUGGAUUUUGAUGUGAAGACAUUCUGUCACAAUCUUCGGGCCACAAAGCCGCCAUACGAGUGUCCCGUGGAGACGUGUCGUAAGGUCUACAAGAGUUACAGCGGCAUAGAAUAUCACCUCUACCACUACGACCAUGACAACCCGACCCCAGCUCCAGCUGUGCCGCAGAAAAAGAGGAAGGGCCGCCCUCCUCGUGCCUCGCUGACUGCCUCGGGGGACACGGACGACGGCGGGGGCAACGGAUGCGGAGGACUGGGUCCUGAAACAAACGCACCUGGAAGCCCCAACCGGUCGGAGCACUCUCACUCUCCGGGGAGGGAGACUAUGACCUACGCCCAGGCCCAGCGCAUGGUGGAGCUGGAGAUUCAGGGACGCGUUCACCGCAUCAGCAUCUUUGAGAACAUCGAUGUGGUGUCGGAGGAGGACAGCGACGCCGAGGACGCGCCGGCGUCCGGAACCGGCAGCUUCGGAGGAGGGGUGUGCAACGGCAGCGACAGUGGAGCCGGAGGCAGCGAAGUUGGAGGAAGCGGUAAAGACCGUUCUGAUAUGCCGUCCUCUAACGGCGGCAAAGCUACGCCGAAGACGGGGAAGCACAAGAGUAAAGAUAAGAAGAAAGACGGUUCAUCUCAUCAUCACAACCCGCAGUCCGGUCUUGCUGUCAAGCUUCCAGAAGCCGUGUUUAGAGAACUGGACCAAGAGCGACCCGAUGCCCCUCCUCGGACUUUAUCCUACUACAGGUACAUCGAGAAGUCUGUGGAAGAGCUGGACGAAGAGGUGGAGUACGACAUGGACGAGGAGGACUACAUCUGGCUCGGCAUCAUGAACGACAAGCGGCGGCGUGACGGCGUGACGCCGAUCCCCCAGGAGGUCUUUGAAUACCUCAUGGACCGCUUAGAAAAAGAGUCCUACUUUGAGAGCCACAACAAGGCAGACCCCAGUACGCUGAUCGACGAGGAUGCCGUCUGCUGCAUCUGCAAUGACGGCGAGUGUCAGAACAGCAACGUCAUCCUGUUUUGCGACAUGUGCAACCUGGCGGUGCACCAGGAGUGCUACGGCGUUCCCUACAUCCCAGAGGGUCAGUGGUUGUGCCGGCGCUGCCUCCAGUCGCCGAGUAGAGCGGUGGACUGUGCUCUCUGUCCUAACAAGGGCGGCGCUUUCAAACAGACGGAUGACGGACGCUGGGCCCACGUCGUCUGCGCCCUUUGGAUCCCCGAGGUCUGCUUUGCAAACACCGUCUUCCUUGAGCCGAUUGAUAGUAUCGAGCACAUCCCUCCGGCCCGGUGGAAGCUCACCUGCUACAUCUGUAAGCAGCGCGGCUCCGGCGCCUGCAUCCAGUGCCACAAAGCCAACUGCUACACCGCCUUCCACGUCACCUGCGCCCAGCAGGCGGGCCUCUACAUGAAGAUGGAGCCCGUCAGAGAAACGGGGGCCAACGGCACCUCGUUCAGCGUCCGCAAGACCGCGUACUGCGACAUCCACACGCCGCCGGGGUCGGCCCGGCCUCUCGCCGGGGUGGGCGGGGCCAGCAUGGGGUCGUCGAACAGCGACGGAGAUCUGGAGGACGACGACGAGCCCAGCCUCGGCCAGGACGAGGACUCGAAGGGCUGGAGCUCCGAGCGGUCCAAGAGGGCAAAGGCCAAAUCCAGGCUGAAGAUGAAAAGGGCGAGGAAGAUCUUGGCAGAGAGAAGAGCCGCCGCACCAGUGGUGUCUGUGCCCUGCAUACCUCCCCACCGACUCAGCAAAAUCACAAGUAACCUGACGGUACCCAGGAAAAGCCAGUUCAUGCAACGACUCCACAGCUACUGGACGCUGAAGAGGCAAAGUCGCAACGGUGUUCCCCUCCUUCGGCGGCUUCAGACCCACCUGCCCUCUCAGCGCCACGUCGACCCGCAUCCACCGCCUCCCUCAACGCAGCCUCCGCCUAGGGACAACGAGGAGAAGCAGACUGCGUUAAAGGAGCAGCUGAAGGCGUGGCAAAGACUGAGGCAUGACCUGGAGAGAGCCAGGCUGCUGGUGGAGCUCAUUCGCAAGAGGGAGAAACUCAAGAGGGAGACGAUUAAAGUGCAGCAGAUGGCGCUGGAGAUGCAGCUGACUCCCUUCCUGGUGCUUCUCAGGAGUACGCUGGAGCAGUUACAGGAAAGAGACACAAACAACUUUUUCACCGAGCCCGUUCCCCUUGAAGAGGUGCCAGACUAUCUGGAGCACAUUGACACUCCUAUGGACUUCCAGACCAUGUGGAACCUGCUGGAGUCCCAUCGCUACCUCACCUUCGAGGCCUUCGAGGCCGACUUUGGCCUCAUCGUCAACAACUGCCUCAAGUACAACGCCAAGGACACGGUGUUUUACCGCGCCGCCCUGCGGCUCAGGGAGAUGGGCGCCGUUGUCCUCAGAGCGGCCAGGCGCCAGGCCGAGCGGAUCGGCUUCGAUUAUGAGACCGGCAUGCAUCUGUAUCGCGAAUCGAGCCCGGAGCACCAACGUGAGCCUGAGAGAGACCGAGAGCGGGAGCGGGAGAGGGAGAGGGACCAGGACAGGGACUUGGACAGGCAUUUGUCCUCUAACGAAGAUGACCUGCUCCUGCCAGAGAACAGGCGACGGCUGCCGCUGGACGAGCAGCUGCAUUACCUGCAGGCGCGCCUUGAUGAGGUCAGCUCGGGCAAGCACAGCAUUGGCCAGUCUCGCCGAGCCAAAGCCCUGAAAAAGGAGAUCAGCGUGAUCAGGAGGAAGCUGGCGCACCAGCGGGAGGGAGGCUCCAUCAUGGGGGGCCGCGAGUCGGCGGGAGAUCGGAGCUCUUCUCUCCCUCAUCACUCUUCGUCGGCGGGGCACCAUGACGAGGGGGGGGAGAGCAGCAGCCAGGAGAUCGGCGGGAAGGCUCCCGAGGUUGGCCGGCGGACUUCUGUGCUUUUCUCCAAGAAGAACCCCAAAAUGGCCGGACCUCCCAAAAGGCCGGGACGCCCGCCGAAGAAACGGGACAUGGGCUACGCCGGGCCCGGGGUGAGCCAAAGCCCCAUCGGCCCCCCGCAGCUCCCCCUGCUGUCGACGGGCAGGCAGAGGAAGAGGCCCCGCAGCCCCCGCAGCACCUCCAGCUCUGACAGCGACAGCGACAACGACGACCUGCUGCCAGGUCUACCGAGCAACGGCUUUGAUACGGGGAACCAACCCGUAACCGAAAGCUUCCGCGUGUACAGAAGCGAGUCUCGCCUGCCUCGCUCCAGCUCGGACUCUGAGUCCACCACCAGCAGCAGCAGCAGCGCGGCCUCCGACAGGACCAGCACAACGCCCUCGAAGCAGGGCAGAGGAAAGGCGUCGUUCUCUCGUUCCACCUUCCACGAGGACAGCAGUGAGGAAACGUCUGGCACAGAAAACGAGUCCUACUCAGUCGGAGGGUCCCGGGGCGUUUCGCACCUGGUGCGCGGCCGGGACCGGUCCGGCUGCUGGAUGACAUCUGACGACUACUCCUCUCUGGAAGCUCUGGAUCUGGUCUGGGCCAAGUGCAGAGGUUAUCCUUCGUAUCCUGCGCUGAUCAUCGACCCAAAGAUGCCCAGGGAGGGCGUGUUCCACCGGGGAGUCCCGAUCCCAGUACCUCCUUUAGACGUGCUGAAACUUGGCGAGCAAAUGACCCAGGAGGCCAGGGAGCACCUGUUCCUCGUCCUCUUCUUUGACAACAAAAGAACUUGGCAGUGGCUGCCUCGCUCCAAGCUGGUGCCGCUGGGUGUGGACCAGGAACUGGACAAGGAGAAGAUGCUUGAGGGCAGGAAAUCCAACAUUCGUAAAUCCGUGUCGGUGGCCUACAGUCGUGCCAUGCAGCACCGCAGCAAAGUCCAGGGGGACCCCAGCAGCGAGACCAGCGACAGUGACUGAAUGCAAAGCGACGUGAAGUCUAAUUCUGCAGAAAAAUGUGGAUUCCACGCAUCAUUCAGGGCAGCACGGCCCUACGUCAUAGAUUACACGAAACAGAGCAAGCAGGAAAAUUAGUAGGGAGGAAAAGCCUCGCUGCUUUGGCCCCAAAAUAUACACAUUCAGUCACACUAAGCCAUAUUUAAUCAGACGUGUACAAAUAUUGUAUUUAAGAAGAUUGAAAUUAAGGAUAUUGCUAAUGAUGAUGAAAAAGAAGAAAUAUGUUCCAAAUCAUGAGCUGAAAUGUUUAAUGUUUGUCGUCUGUGUACGUUUAAAACACAAAUGAGAUAAUGGUUUACAGGCUUAAAAAGUAAGCAUUGUUUCACAUUAUGAUGGUCCAUACACAAAGUCUGCCUCCCCCCCCCCCCCCCCCCGUCUUUUCUUCACAUACGAGCAUUCAAACAGGUAAAUGCAUGUUUUUAUGUGUAGAUCAAACAAACGCGCCUCCACAAGACAAAAGAAGCACACCUGUGUGUGUGGCGUCUGAGGCGCAGGAAAGAGGGACUGUUGCAGCCUGACUGUGGGCAAAUCAACGUUACUGUAAUUUAUUCAGUGGACUUUUUGACGGCAAGAUCUUUUCAUCACGGACUAGUCUGAGGCACUCCAGCUGCACAACGUAGGCCCUACUGGUGUUUCCAUUUUCUUUUCUUUUCUUCUUUUUUUUACAGUUUUGUAAACGUGUUCCUGUCACGUCGACCUGUAGAGUCAGUCAGUAAUGAGGACUAAACUGAAACACGAUCGCCUCCAUGUCUGUCCUAGUCUCAGGCCGAUGGCUGUAGAACUUUUAUAUAACACAGAUUGCAUAAAAAAAUACAGGUUUAAUAAAAAAAAAUAAUAGUU